AUCUAUGCGUACACAGGUCAUCCCGACAACUGAGGAAGAAGAGGGACAACGACAGUAGCAGGGAAAGUUAACGUCGAGAGACCAAAGUGCCUUAGGACCCUGCAUGGAAACUUCUUCAGUCUGAACACAAGAUGGACCAUGAAGUGGCUGACCUCCCCUCCGGCCCCCUGGAUAUCUACAGGAAGAAAGCCUCUUUCAACUGGAAGGACAUGCUUCUCUUCCUAGAUGGAGAGGAAAUCUUGGCAUUCAAGCACCAUGUGUCCAGGACUCUGGAGAACGAUCCUCUGUUUGCCCGUCGGCCCGGUGAAGACGUCCCCAUGGAGAAGAUGAGGGAGCUGACCUUCCUCAGGGUGAAGCAGCUCUUCCGCUACGACUUCAUUACAAAAGAGGAGGCGAUGGCGAACCCCUGGAAGACCGUGGUCCUCAGUGACUGUCUGGGCAUGUACGACUGGGCAAUGUCCGCCAAGUUCUUCCUCAACAAAGGGAUGUUUGGAGCAACUGUUGCCAACUCAGGAUCAGGGAGACACAGCAGAUACGUAGAGAACACUGAAGACAUGACGACGUUUGGCUGCUUCGCACUGACUGAACUGAGUCAUGGCAGCAACACCAGAGCCAUGAGGACCACAGCCACGUACGACCCCUCCACCCAGGAGUUUGUGAUCCACUCUCCAGACUUCGAGGCUGCCAAGUUCUGGGUGGGGAAUCUCGGUAAGACGGCCACGCACGCUGUGGUGUUCGCUCAGCUCUACACACCCGACCGAGUCUGCCACGGCUUGCACUCCUUCAUUGUCCCGGUGAGAGACCCUAAGACCCUGCUGGCUCUGCCAGGUGUGCUGGUGGGAGACAUAGGGAAGAAGCUGGGCCAGAAUGGACUGGAUAAUGGGUUUGCUUUGUUCCACAAUGUGAGGAUCCCCCGGGAGAAUCUGCUGAAUAAGACGGGAGAUGUCACUGCUGACGGACGCUACCUGACUCCAUUCAAGGACCCCAACAAGCGUUUUGGGGCCUCUCUGGGGGCCCUGUCAGGGGGCAGGGUGUCCAUCACCAGGAUGGCUCUGGUCAACCUGAAGCUGGCUCUGGUUGUGGCCAUCCGCUUCUCAGCCACCAGGAGACAGUUUGGACCCAAAGACACAGAGGAGAUCCCUGUUUUGGAGUACCAGCUACAGCAAUGGCGUCUGAUCCCGUACCUGGCUGCAGCGUACGCUCUUGAACGCUUCUCCAAAGACAUCUUCAUGAACUUUGUCGAGUUCCAGAUCGGACAGAUAAUGAGAGACAACAGUGACAGACAGGCAGACAUGGGUAAAGAGAUCCACGCUAUAGGCUGCUCCAGUAAACCACUGGGGUCCUGGACGGCUCAGAGGGGGAUCCAGGAGUGCAGGGAGGCCUGUGGAGGACAUGGAUACCUGGCCAUGAACCGGCUGGGUAACCUGCGUGACGACAACGACCCUAACUGCACAUAUGAAGGAGACAACAACGUGCUGCUGCAGCAGACCAGCAACUACCUGCUGAGCUGGCUCCAGGCCAAGCUGCACGAUGGGGUGCGGAUCGAGUCUCCUCUUCACACUGUGGAUUUCCUGGAUGAUUUCCGCAGGAUCCUGGGAACCAAGUUCAAAGCAACGUCUAUGGAGGAGUGUAUGGACUCUGCAGGUAGUCCAGUACUUCAGCUGCUCCAGAUCAGCCUGAUACCAAACUGUCUGUGAUCAGAUGUUGUGGAUUUUCCUCUGCUGGUAUCAAACCUUCACUUCUGGGUUCAUAGGAACCAAGUGAAAGACGCAGGAGGUCAGGACAUUUAAUA